AUGGAAAAAAAAAAAUAUUCUGAACAGUUGAGAACUUUAACUCAUGCGACUUUCUGUUUUGAGAAUGAGGACCAUACAUUAGGGAACUGCUUGCGUUGUAUUUUGCUGCAAAAGGAAGGGGUGGAAUUUGCUGGAUACACUGUACCACACCCUACACAAGCCGAAAUUAAUCUUAGGAUCCAGACAACGGGAGAGCCAGCCAUAAAUAUUUUAAAGGAUUCCCUAGAUGAUCUGUCCAACAUUUGUGACAUCAUGCUGGCUAAAUUUAAUGAUGCUCUGAAUGGAGUGCAUUAA